UGGCGGCGGGGCCGGCGCUGGCGGUGUGAGGCGGGGAGCGCCCGGAGCCGCCGCCGCCCGCGCCUUCCCGCCGCCUCCCCCCCCGCCCUGAAGCCGGCGGGAUGCUGAGAUCCAGCGGCUACUUCCGCGGCAUCGACUGCCCCUUCCUCAGCGCCGGGGGGCCGGGCGGCGGCCCGCCCUGCCGCCGGCCCUACUGCCACUUCCGGCACCCCCCGGUGGCGGCGGCGGCGGCAGCGCGGUGCGGAGCCCCCGGCGGCCCCGGCGCGGCGGUCGUGCUCGGCCACGGCGCAGAACGUGGCUAUGAUCCCUAUAAUCCAGAUCUUCCAAGGCCCUCACUGCAAGCAGAGGAUGGUGCCCUGGCUGACAUUACAGACAUGACGCCCGGCAUUCUGGAGCUGGAGUUGGUCAACAAGGCUAUUGAGGCAGUCAAAAACGAAGUUGAGAGAGAGCAGAAAAAGUAUGAGGAGCUGUUAGAAACAACAAAGGAAUUCUGCACUUCAGAGGCCUCUUCACUUAUUUCCCAAACACCCAUGUCAGCUGCUGUGACAGAAACUGAUUCUUUUAUCUCCUUAGAGUAUAAUCCAGGUAGCUACAAUUUAAAUAAUAACCCGGACUACAACCCGACUCCUCUAGCUGCUGCUAGCCAGUCAAGUAAAUACACUUUGGAUAGUUCCCGAUCUAAAGGUAGCUCGUUGGAAUAUGUUCCCAAGGCUGUAGCACAGACUAAAAAAUACAGUUGCACUGUCACUAACAAUAAAUACGUAAUCGAUGACUCCAAGCCUUCUACAGACUUGGAAUAUGACCCACUUUCAAAUUACUCAGCCAGGCUCUUGAGCAAAGCCACAACAAAGGAGCCAAAGGGGUCUAAAAGGAGUAGGGUGCCUAGUUAUGAGGAAUGUUACUCUCCUUCACCAAAGAAGUUUUGUGAAGAACCUGAUGACUAUGAAGUGUAUGCCAGGUUCUCUUCCUCUGAAGAUGAGGCCGAUGCGGAAUAUAAGCCGACUUCUGUUAGUUCACAAUCAAAAGCUGGUUCUGAAAGUGAAUCGAAUGAUGGGUUAUCCAACAAAGAGCAGAGCACCAAACUGGAUGACGUAGCUUCCCAGGGUAUCAAAGAAAUGACAGUGCAACAUGACAUGGAAGACCUUUCAAGUUCACAGAAAAAUUUUGCCAAAAACUUAUCAGAAAAGAAUGCAAAAGCAGCAAAAUUGUGUUCUGGCAAGAACGACCAGAAUAUUGAAGAUAAAAACAAAGACUCGAAAGACAAAACGAAAAAGAAGAAAUCGGAUCUUAGUAAAACGCCUAGCCUCAAUGAGGCUGGUAAGAAAGAGAAGAGUAAAAAUACAGAAAAAGACAAAAUGCUCAAGAAAGAAGAAAAGGUAAAAACAAAAAAUGAGGAGAAAAACUGUAAAGAGAAAAGUAGCAAAGUCAAAACUGAUGGGGACUUAAAAAAACCUGAAAAGCAAAAGUCAGAAAAAGUGGAUGGGCUUAAGAAAGAAAAAUCCAAGUCCCCCAGCAGCAUUUCAGGGAAAAGCAAGAAUGAAGGUGUCAUCAAAGGCUCUAGCACAGACAAGCUGGGGAGCAGCAAGAAGGACUCCAAAGUAAAAACAGCUGACUUGAAAAACGGUAAGGAAACCUCUGGUCGUAAAAACAAAGACAAAGGGACCAAGGCUCCAGCACUGGAACGAAAGAAAGAAAAGGUCAGUUCUAAAGAAAAAGGGGAUACAAAGAAGGGUCGGAAGCAACGGAGUUUGAGUCACGUUGACCUGUUUGGAGAUGAGAGCGGGGAUGAUGAUGAUAAAGGCCGACCUUUGCCAUCCACAUUACUUGAUGUGAGCUCGGACUCAGAUGGUGAUGGUGGCUGUUCGGACUCUCAGAGUGAAAAUGAAGAGACAAAGAGCGUGAAGCGCUCUAAAUUGUCAAAGUCAUCGUCUUCUUCCUCAACAUCUGAUGACAUUGAUUAUUCCAUACUUGAGAAAGACUUGGACUUUGAGUCAGAUCCAAUGGAGGAGUGCCUCAGGAUUUUUAAUGAAUCUACAGAUGUGAAAACUGAAGACAAAGGAAGGCUGAAGAAACAGCUAUCCAAAGAAGAAGGAAGUGAAGAAAAGACAGAAGAUACCUUGACUACUCUCUUUCCUGGCCAAAAAAGAAGGAUCUCUCAUCUUGUCAAACAAGGAAAUGCCGAGGUCCCAAGCAAGCCCGUAAUCCGGCCGUACCGUCCUCCCACCGCUCAGGAGGUCUGUUACCAGAGGAUCCAGCUGGCUCAGCAGCAGGCGGCACAGCUGGCUGUGGCCGUUCAAAAGGCCUCUCUUUCUUUGCCAGGAGAAAAGAAGAGGAUUGCUCAUGUGCCAAAUGUAGCCCUUGCCGCAGCAGCCAAACAAAGCCUUGUGGGUGGUAAGAAGACUGUUCCUAGCAAGAAUGUCACACCUUCCAAUGACUCUGAAGCACCCACCCUUUCUCUGAAGGCUUGCACCUUAGCUGGGAUGGCUUCAAAGACCACCAGCACCACCGUGCCGAAAAGGAUAGCUCAUGUUCCCUCCUUACAGAGCGCCAGUUUACAGAGGCCGGUUAUUCCCACAGAAUUUGGUGCUAAAGUCCCAACAAACAUCCGUCAAAGGUAUCUCAAUCUCUUCAUUGAUGAGUGCCUGAAAUUCUGCUCCUCCUCCCAGGAAGCGUUUGACAAGGCUCUGUCAGAAGAGAAGGUGGCUUAUGAACGUAGCACCAGUCGGAACAUCUACCUGAACGUGGCAGUGAACACCUUAAAGAAGCUCAGAAGCCUAGUGCCCAAUUCCCCGUCCAGUGCGAACAAGACAAGUAACAAGAAAGUGGUGUCCCAUGAAGCUGUGCUUGGAGGGAAGCUUGCUGCAAAGACAAGCUUUACUCUAAACCGAUCGGGAAGUUUGAGAGCAGAGGAUUUGACAGGAGCCGCUUUGUACCGGCGAUUAAAGGAAUAUCUCAUGACUGAGGAGCAGCUAAAGGAAAAUGGUUACCCAAUGCCUCACCCAGAGAAGCCAGGCCGUGCUGUCCUCUUCACUGUAGAGGAAAAGAAAACUAUUGACUCCUCCUGCAGGAUUUGUUGCCGCUGUGGCACGGAGUACAUGGUCUCAGCCUCUGGUAACUGCAUUCGCAAAGAAGAAUGUGUCCAUCACUGGGGAAGGCUACGCAAGCAGAGGGUGCCAGGUGGAUGGGAAACUCAUUACAGCUGCUGCUCAGGAGCUGUGGGUUCACCAGGCUGCCAGGUUGCUAAACAACAUGUUCACGAUGGGCGGAAGGAGAGCCUUGAUGGCUUUGUGAAGACUUUUGAGAAGUUGCCUACAACUGAUGGUUAUCCUGGAAUCUAUGCAUUAGACUGUGAAAUGUGUUACACUAAGCAAGGACUGGAGCUGACAAGAGUAACUGUGAUCAACUCUGACCUGAAAGUGGUAUAUGACACUUUUGUCAAACCGGACACCAAGGUGGUGGACUAUAACACCAGAUUCUCAGGAGUGACAGAGGAGGACCUGGAGAACACUAGCAUCACCCUGCGGGACGUCCAAGCCGUCCUAUUGAACAUGUUCAGCGCAGAUACCAUAUUGAUAGGGCACAGCUUGGAGAGCGACUUAUUUGCACUAAAGCUUAUCCAUGGCACAGUGGUGGAUACUGCAAUCGUCUUUCCCCAUCGGCUGGGUUUGCCUUACAAACGGGCUCUCCGGACGCUGAUGGCAGACUACCUCAAGCGCAUCAUCCAGGACAACGUCGAAGGGCACGACUCUAGCGAGGAUGCCAGAGCUUGCAUGGAGCUGAUGGUCUGGAAGAUCAAAGAAGAUGCUAAAGUGAAACGAUGACUUGCGCUUUCUUCUCUCUCCUGUUCCUCCUCCACCUCUUUGAAGCAGUGCAAUAAAUGCUCAGAGUAACACUGUCCACCUGUACGCGGCAGCAUGCUACCCCAGAUUCCCCAUGCACUCACAGGUAUCUAUGGGACUUAAGGACUGCUGCUGGCACAGCUGAACGGCACCAGCUCACUGCUCGCAGGUCCCUGCGUCCAGGUAGAGGCUCUCAGAUCCUUUUGACUCCACCUGAGGAAUACUCUGUGAUACAGCAGUUGCCUUGUAGGCAUGGCAAGACAGUUUUGGAUAGUGCAACCAGAGAGAAACUUCUUGGUUCCUAGGAGAAGCUUUUAGAGAUAGGUUGGAUACGUACAGAAGGAUCUUUCUGGUUCAGUUAAAGGCAGGUCUCUUUUUUUCAAAUACAACUUUAACUGCCUCCGUAUUCCAAAGCAGAUAGCUUCUCUCAGUGUUUGGAGAAGGGGGAAAUGGAAGAAAGCAGGGCAGGAAGCUAUGAAGUGAAUGGGAGCUGGUGUAAGAAUGACAAGCAGGGGAUAGUGAGAGUCAAGGAUCAAGCCAUCUGGAAAGAGAUCCUAGUACGGACUCACAGCAGAGGAAAAAGCCAGAGCUGAGAGAGAGAGGCUGUCUCUGAGAGGGUGCGGUGGGAGCAGCAGGCUUAGGAAUCACUUGGGGUCAGGGGAGAUCCCAGUUACUAUGACCCAGAUGGUCUUUCUGGUGAGUGCUGUCAUCCCAGUUCUGCAGCAGCUGGAACAGGGAGAAGCCACAAGUGUCAGACCUUGCGCAGACCUCAGGGAGCCCCUGGCUAGUGCACGUAGUAGUGACACAGGGGACAGUGUGGCUGUGACAAAUCAGGCUCCCAGAGCCAUGGGAAGACUCGCAGCCUUCCAGGGCAGGAGUCGUGGUGGGAUGGAGAAUGGUAAAAGGCAUCGUAAUUACUGGGGAGGGCAAGUCCUUUUGCAGGCUAGGACAAGCUGUCCUUCCCUUGCUGCUGAGCUUCCAGUGCAUCUCCAGCAAGCUCAUAUGUAGGGAUCAAGGCUUGGGAGUGACCUAGGUGCUGCUAAGAUGGCACCUAAGGGUGCCCCAACAGUACUUACAAGCAUGCAGGGCUCCCCACGAGUUUCUCCCUGAUUGCAGGGACUUGAUGCAGGGAAGAUCAAAAGCAAUAGGUGAAAAUAUUCUUUUUAGCUAGUUUGCACGUUGGAUGUUUUAAGAAGAAAAGCAGAAGAGUCAGUUUUUGUCUCUGGCCUCCUGGACAAAAGCAACUGUUGAUAGUUUCUCUGUCUCACUUGCAGCAACUCAGGCAGUGACACAGGUGGACUGUGAAGGCCCUGAUGGUCCUUCUUGGCCUGCAGGGUCUCCAGCAAGGCCCCAUUGCUUUGGGAAGAACAACAGAGCUGAGAGAAACAGUCCCUAAUUUAGAUGUUCUCCCCUAGCUGAGGUUCAGGUAGCAUCUCAGCACAGUUGCAGCUGGUUAUUAGAGCAGAAAUUGCCUAACUCCCUUCACCUCCCAGGUGUGGACCGGAAUCGCUUCCCCAGCGGUGGCUGGCAUGUAGCAGGCCCUACAUCCCGAUGUGGGCAGUCUGAGUUGCUCUCAUGGAAGUGGGGCUGAGGAAUUGCUGGGUUUUGUUUCUUUUCAGAACUGGGCCAGACUCUCAGUGGGGCCCUCAUACCCCUGUAGCUGCUGGUGGUGGUGGGAUUCAGCCAGGGGAUGUGCUGCGUGUCCCCCAGCCCGUCCCUCUGAGCUGCCCCUCCUCCGUGCCCUUGCUGGUAGGGAGGAGCGCUGGCCCAUGCGUGCCACAGGCCGGGUGUUCUUCUUGGGCCAGUUGGCCUGGGCAGCUCAGUGCCUGGCCCCAGGUCUGACCCGCGAGCAGGUCUGUGCUCACUCAGCCCCAAGGUCUCCCCGUAGCGUUACUGUCUUUAGAGGUGAGGAUAUGAUGUUCAGUGCCAGGCCUCUGCCAGGCUCUCUCCUGAAGCCACCAGGAGGGAUGGAGGACUGCAAAAGCUCCUGUUCUUGCUGAGCCCUUCUAUGCUUUCUCUGGUGGGCAGUGGUUAGAUCCCAGCCUGUUCUUCUUCCCAAAGUUAGGGCCGUGCAGCUCCCUGCCGCUUCCUCUGUGGUUCGUAGGCCAUGUUGCAUCAAGCUCUCCCUGCAGCCUGCCUUUGCCAAGCAUUGCGACCUCCUCCUUCCCUGCUUUGGGGCUUCCCCGUGAAGGAGCUCUGGACGCCUUAUCUCGUCCCUCUCCCCUGUCGCCUGCUGUCACAGGGAACGAUGCUGUUCUUGGUCUUCUGCUCAGGCCCUGGGAGAGAGGUGGAACGGUCAGCGCUCCCUAAUGAGGGAAGGAAGGUUUGUUCCUGCUUCUGCCUCUUCCCUUCAGCAGACCCCAUAUAUCUUCUUAUCUUAUUACAGUGAUGGAGCGUACCUGUAGCAGCCCACUGUGCGCUGCAUCCCCAUCCCCUCUGCAGGUACCGAUGCUGCUUUAGACGGAGCAACUCUAGGAGGGAGACACGAGCAUACGGCUCUCCCGUCUCCACAGUGAAAUGCAUUAUCGUAGCUGUGUUAGAUUUUGAAGCCAGCUCUUGCCUCAAGGAUCCCCAAUGUUGGAUGCAAAGUCCCAGCUCCUCCAAAAACCAGCGCCCGUGUUUCUACGCAGAUGCGGCGCGUGUCCAUCCGGUGUGUUGGCCUCCUGCUCGGGAGCUGGUUUCCUGGCUUUCCCCCAGCCGAAGGGAGCUGGGCUUGGGGAAGGGUACAGCAUGGGGCAGUGCAUUUUCCUCCAGGUUUAAAAGCCUGAGUCUGGCUAGCCGAGAGGGGAUCCCGGUCACUUCCCUUUCCUUUCUCCACUGCUCCUGCGAGGUUCAGCUGAGCCCCUCUAAAUCGAGGCUGCGGCGGGGUGCGAGGGCGGCAGAAUUGCCUUUUUCUUGCACGGGAAGUUAGUGGGAAAGGAGACCGCUCUCUCCCCGCUGUGUGCAUCUGAAGUACCGUUUCCUUCUGGGUCCGAACCCGCGGCACGUCCUCGGGCGCGCAGUGGAGGUGCGCGAGCCGCGUGCUGUCGUUAGCCUCCCUUGUCGUGCGGCAGGCGUGGGCCCUGCUCCUGGGUACCCUUGGCAGCGCGGUCCCCGAAACACUGUAAAACCAGAGGUUUAAGGUCUGCGAGAGGUUUCUGGGUUGUAUAUAAAUAUUGUAACCUGUAACUUUUUGUAACUGUUUUUAAUAAAAGGGUGUUGGCUAGACGCA